GCGAUGCCCAACUUGCCACAGAAGAACCUCGGUGAGGAUGGGAUCCUUCUUUGGGGAAUUCCAAAGGAUACGCCUUGCUACUAUGGUAGAGGCGAUUCACCACUGGGCGAAAAAAUAAAGCAGAAGACAUCUGCAGAGAUGCUUGGAAUAAGCGAGCGAGUUGUAGGGAAGAUAUCGUCACGUCUGAGGGAUAUCUGCGCCGAGGACUUAAGACGACGCCCUGUUAUUCCUUUUGGUGGGCCAGGCAUCAUUUGCGAGAUUGAUGAGAGCUUAUUCAACCACAAAGCAAAGUACAACCGCGGGAGACGACCGGCAGAUGCCUAUUGGGUGUUCGGAGUACUCUCCACAGAACAUUUCCCUUCAAGAGGCUACUUCCGGGUGGUACAGAGAAGGGAUGCAGCGACACUCUUGCCAAUCAUCGAACAGGCGCUGCUGCCUGGCUCGACUGUACACACGGAUGACUGGGCAGCAUACCGUCAACUACAGGCCCGAUUGCCAAAUGUGGUAGCGGACCACGGGGUUGUUGUACACCGGUAUAAUUUUGUCGACCCAAUUACCGGUGUACUAACCCAACACGUGGAGUCUGCAUGGAACCGCCUAAAAAGUGUUAUCAAAGAGCGGCGGGGUGUGAGGCGGGGAGACUUGCAGAGUUUCCUGAACGAGCAGUGCUGGAGAGUCUGGCGCACCUCCAACAGGAGAACAUUCUAUCUUUUUCUAAGCGUUUUCCUCUCUAAUAACUAA